AGGAGAUAGCUUGCAAAUGGGGAAGUGAAUCCCGAGUCCCAUUCGAUUAAUUAUUUGUUACGGUCAAAGCCACGCCGCACUCCAUGUUUGAAAUGUGAGAUUCUUCAGGGAACCGCCGACCCAUCCGCAGCGCAAGCCCGUGGGAUAAACCGAAACCCGCCAUUCCGGAUUCUGGGUAUCUCUUGGUUCCACACCUUUCUCGCAAUUUAAACCCGUAUCCGACCAGGCGAUCCGCGAAGCCGUCUUUUUUUUUUUUCCCUUGAAGAAGGGGAGCGAGAACGAGGGUCCCAGAUUCCUUUGCAAAGUCCCAGGAAUCUCUUCUCAUCCACUUCCGGAUACCCACCACCCCCUGAAGCAUCUGUCUGGGAGGAAGUGAGAAAUGGGGACUGAUGAAGCUAGAUCUCCAACAAACAAGGGGAAGUAUGUGGCGCUGGUCGUGUGUUGGCUCCUUGGGAAUGGCUGCCUGGUUUCAUGGAAUAGUAUGGUAACAAUAGAAGAUUAUUAUGUCUACUUGUUUCCGAAGUACCACCCCUCAAGAGUUCUAACUCUUGUCUACCAACCUUUUGCACUUGGAACACUUGCGAUAUUAGCAUACAAUGAGGCAAAGAUCAACACUAGACGGCGAAAUCUAUUUGGAUAUCUUCUUUUCUUCAUUAGCACUCUUUUGGUUCUAAUUUUGGAUUUAGCUACAUCUGGGAAAGGAGGGAUAGGAACUUUUAUUGGAAUAUGCGCCAUUAGUGGUGCUUUUGGAGUUGCAGAUGCUCAUGUGCAAGGUGGCAUGGUGGGAGAUCUUUCUUUCAUGCGACCUGAAUUUAUUCAGUCUUUCCUUGUUGGUUUGGCUACAUCCGGUGCCUUAACUUCAGCUUUGAGGUUAAUUACAAAAGCGGCGUUUGAGAAUUCUAAGGAUGGUCUGCGCAAAGGAGCUAUCAUGUUCUUUGCGAUAUCUUCAUUUUUUGAGCUUCUCUGUGUUCUGCUCUAUGCAUUCAUCUUUCCAAAACUACCAAUUGUCAAAUACUACCGCUCAAAGGCAGUCGAGGGAUCUAAAACUGUGUCAGCAGACCUUGCUGCUGGCGGCGUUCAAACAUUACCACACCAAGAAGCUGAGGAGGAUCCAAAGCAGCUGGAACGUUUGAGCAACAAAGAGUUGCUAAUCCGGAACAUUGAUUAUGCACUUGAUAUGUUUUUGAUCUAUGUAUUGACAUUGUCUAUUUUCCCGGGAUUCUUAUCUGAGGAUACUGGAUCCCACGGUCUGGGGGCAUGGUAUGCACUUGUACUGAUUGCAAUGUACAACGUGUGGGAUCUCAUAGGGAGAUUCAUUCCAUUAAUAAAGUUUCUCAAGAUGGAGUCAAGAAAAGGGCUCAUGAUGGUGAUCCUCUCUCGUUUCCUUUUGAUUCCUGCAUUUUACUUCACAGCCAAAUACGGGGACCAAGGCUGGAUGAUAAUGCUCACAUCAUUCUUGGGGUUAUCGAACGGUUACCUAACUGUUUGUGUCCUCACUGCUGCACCAAAAGGCUAUAAGGGUCCGGAACAAAAUGCUUUGGGAAACCUGCUCGUGUUGUUUCUUUUAGGGGGCAUAUUUGCAGGAGUGACGCUUGAUUGGUUGUGGCUCAUAGGCAAAGGCUGGUGAAAUUGAUCUUGGUGAACUGCUUGCCGGAGUUAUAUUCUGCAAUAUGGCAAGUAUUCAUCUGACAAAGUACAAUGUGGUUAGCCAUCAGAUCAGUUCUUGAGCAUUCAUUCGAACAUGGCUGCUUGAUUAUAUGUCUCGUAAUUUAUUUUGUACAGUCUAUUUGUGUAAGCAAUGAACGACAGUUCAUACAUCGUUUUAGUACCAAAAACUGUUGUCUUUACGAAUUGUGCAGUUCUCUUUGAGCAAAACAGCGUCCUCCAGAA